AUUAAAAUUGUGAAAUGAUCUCGCUAGUAGGAGCUAACGACUUCACAGAAAUCGAUCUCCACCUAAAUAAAAUGAUUAUACCCUUCGCAACCGGUGCGUUCAUUAGGCAUUAGCCGUAGCCACUGUUUCCCCUUUCCAACUUUCCGAUGGACAACAAACCGCCAGAGCAACUGACGCCGACAUCGACGGAGGAGGAAGUCACCGCAGCAGCCACCGACGAAACAACUUCUAUUUUCCCUCUGUUCCCUCUCACAGCAAGCUCCUCCUCUACGCUGGCCACUAGUACGGUCCCUCAAUGGCUCUCCAACUCCAGCUUCACCGCCGACGUGUCUCUCAUAAACGACGCCGUUGCCUCCCAACUCCGCAGCGAAACCGCCCUAUCGCCACCACAGCGCCACCGCUCCGACGACGAUGAGGAACACGAAGAAGAUGGCGGAAAUCGAGCUCAGGAGAAGGCUGUUCCUCGUUCUUCCUACGAGAUUCUAGAAUCUUCCGAGUCUGAGGGAAGAGAUAAGAAGGAGAAGAGGAGUAAGAAGAAGAGGAAGAAGCGGAAGCGCGAUAGGUCACGUGAGAGAGGCGGACUCGACAGUUAUAAUUCGAGGAAGUCGGGCGUUCGAGCUUGGGCCGAUUCAGAGUCGUCCACCGCCGCCAAAGACUAUUAUUUCGAUUCUCACGGUGAUCGUGAUAAUCUUGCAUUUGGUUGCAUCUAUAGAAUGGAUAUUGCACGGUACAAACCUUACAAUCCUUCGAAACUAUCUGGGCUAAAUGUUAGAAGAUUAUAUUGGCGGAACCAUAGUGUUUCUCUCUUGGAAAAAGAGAGCGAUGUGGAUACAUUGGAUGGUACAAUGAAGUCUGCUGGUCGUUACUGGUCUGGGAAGUAUAUAGCUCUGGAACGGCACAAAAGUUUUAAGCGUCUACGUCUUGUUGCACCAAAAUUGUCUUCCGUUUUGGCGGAUGACGAGUUUAUACCUUUGUCUGAUAUUGGGACAUCUCAUCGAGCUGUGGAUAGUGAUUCUGUCUCUAAAACUGCAUCAGUGGUUGAAGAAUCUUGGGAAGAUGAAAUGUUAAACAAAACUCGGGAGUUUAACAAACUCACAAGGGAGCACCCCCAUGAUGAGAAAGUUUGGUUAGCUUUUGCUGAGUUCCAAGAUAAGGUUGCAGGGAUGCAACGACAAAAAGGUGCUCGCUUGCAGACUCUUGAAAAGAAGAUUAGCAUUCUGGAAAAGUCAGUUGAGCUUAACCCAGACAAUGAAGUGCUAUUGCUUUACCUUUUGAAAACAUAUCAAACAAGAGACAGCUCUGAUGUGCUAAUUGGGAGAUGGCAGAAGAUACUUGUGCAACACUCUGGAAGCUAUAAGUUAUGGAGAGAAUUCUUGCAUGUUGUUCAGAGAGAUUUCUCCAGAUUUAAGGUUUCAGAGGUUAGGAAGAUGUAUGCACAUGCAAUUGAAGCUCUAUCUGCUUCAUGCAGCAAGCACUCUAGGCAGGUUCACCGAGGUGCUGAUCCCUCUUUGCCAGAUCCUGUAAUUGUUGAGCUAGAACUUGGUCUUGUGGAUAUAUUUCUCAGUCUUUGCAGAUUUGAAUGGCAGGCUGGUUACAGGGAGUUGGCCACUGCUUUAUUUCAGGCUGAAAUUGAGUUUAGUUUGUUUUGUCCACCUUUGCUUUUCACAGAGCAGAGUAAGCAAAGAUUGUUUGAAUAUUUUUGGAAUAGUGGUGGUGCUAGAGUUGGAGAAGAAGGAGCUCUUGGUUGGUCCACCUGGUUGGAGAAAGAGGAGGAAACUAGGCAGCGGAUUGUCAAAGAGGAGCUUUCACGUGAAAAUGAGGGUGGUGGCUGGACUGGUUGGUCAGAACCGUUGUCUAAAGAUAAGGAGGUUGCUGCCAAAGUUGAAGAUGAAGUCAACGAUGAUUUGGUUAUGGAGGAUAAUGAGGAUGAAGAUGAAGAUGAAGAUGUUGAGCCAGAAGUUGAUAAUGAAACUUUAAUGAAAAUGCUAGGAAUUGAUGUCAAUGCUGGGGAUGGUGGUGAAGUGAAUGAUGCUUCAACUUGGAUCAAAUGGUCAGAAGUAGAAUCUUCCAGAGAUUGUGAUCAGUGGAUGCCUCUGCAUACGAAAUCUGAUAUGACCUCUACUGCUAUUGGAACACCCAAAGCAGAAGCCGAUGAACAACUGUUGAGAACUGUCUUAUAUGAAGAUGUGAACGAGUACCUAUUCUCCUUGAGCACAGCAGAGGCUCGAUUAUCUUUGGUAUCCCAGUUCAUUGACUUCUAUGGUGGGAAGAUAUCUCAAUUGGUUUCGUCAAACAGUCCAACUUGGACAGAGAAUGUCCUUAGCUUUGAGGAUCUGCCAGAAUCUAUGUUAGAGAAGUUGAAAAGCACCCAUGAAGUGUUGACAAAAGAAGAAAGCAGUCCUACUGAUUUCAGUUUUGGUUUUCUAUCAGGCAGUAUCUCAAGGAAUGCUGAUAUGAUGAAAUUUCUACGCAAUACUGUCUUACUUUUCUUGACUGUUUUUCCACGUAAUCACAUAUUGGAAGAAGCUGUCCUUAUUUCUGAAGAGCUAUUUGUAACAAAAAUUAAUCCUUCUAGUUGCAUGGUUACACCAUGUCGAGCUUUAGCAAAGUCCCUCUUAAAAAGUGAUAGGCAGGAUGUUCUAUUAUGUGGUAUAUAUGCUCAAAGAGAGGCAAGUUAUGGUAACAUUGAUCAUGCAAGAAAAGUGUUUGACAUGGCGUUAUUAUCUGUGGAAGGGCUUCCUGUGGAACGACAGUCCAAUGCUCCUCUUUUAUAUUUCUGGUAUGCUGAGAUGGAGCUUGCAAAUAAAUCUGAUAAUGAUCGUGAAUCUUCACAUAGAGCAAUACAUAUAUUGUCAUGCUUGGGUAGUGAUACAAAAUAUAGCCCAUUUAAAAGUCAAGCAACAAGUUUGCAUCAACUUAGAGCACGUCAAGGGUUUAAGGAAAAACUGAGAACUGUACGAUCAUCUUGGGUUCGUGGUAUAAUAAAUGAUCAGUCUGUCGCUCUAAUAUGUUCCGCUGCACUGUUUGAGGAGCUCACCUCUGGGUGGGAUGCAGGCAUUGAUGUUAUGGAUCAAGCUUUUGCAGUUGUGCUUCCAGAAACGAGAAGCCAUAGCUAUCAACUUGAAUUUUUGUUUAACUAUUACAUAAGGAUGCUUCAGAGACAUCAGAGCCAAUCAAGUCUGGCUAAAGUUUGGGAGUCCAUCUCCAAGGGACUCCAGAUGUAUCCCUUCAGCCCAGAACUUCUUAAAGGUGUAGUGGAGGUUGGCCAUCUGUACACAACAUCUAAUAAAGUGCGGCGGGUGCUUGAUGGCUAUUGUUACAAGAAACCAUCUGUUGUUCUCUGGCUUUUUGCAUUGUCGUAUGAGAUGUCUAGAGGUGGUUCACGGCAUAGAAUCCGUGGGUUGUUUGAAAGGGCGUUGGGUUCUGAUAAACUUAGUACUUCUGUGGUACUAUGGCGAUGCUACAUUGCAUAUGAAAUGGACAUUGUAAAGGAUCCUUCUGCAGCUCGACGUGUUUUCUUCCGUGCUAUCCAUGCGUGCCCCUGGUCAAAGAGACUAUGGUUGGAUGGCUUUCUCAGACUGAACUCUGUCCUUACUGCGAAAGAGCUAUCUGAUCUGCAGGAAGUUAUGCGUGACAAGGAGUUGAAUCUGAGAACUGACAUAUAUGAGAUCCUUCUACAGGAAUCAUGACAUUUUUUUCUAUGUUUGUGCCUGGAUCUUAUGAGAGUUGCGUUAAGAUUUGUGGGGGUUUGCAAAAUGUGCAGAACCCAGAUAUUGUGAAUUGUUGCUUUAAUGAGCAGCAAUUGAUGCUUCAAGGUCAUAACUUGUAAAUUCUGAUGCAAAUUGUAAAAAUUGCUCUAUGGCGAUGCAAGAUUUUUAGAGGUCAUCCUCGGGUAAGGUAUCUAAAUAUCGUGCCUGUAUAUAGUGGCCUUUUGUACCAUAACGAAAAUAAAAAUAUUUAUCCUCUGUUGAUUUAUUUUGCUUA